AUGUCUGGUUAUCAAAGUGGUCACCACGACCAGUAUGACCAAGGUUAUGGCCAGGCCGGACAUGGCGACGGGUACUACCAAGAUGAUCAGUAUUAUGACAAUGGUCAUGGCGAUCACGGUGCCCAUGGCGCUCAUGGUGCCCAAGGCGAUGGCUACUACGAUGAAUCCGGAUACUAUCACGCCGAUGCCAGUAACCCGUAUCAUCAAGACGGAGGCUACUACGACGGCCAUGACCAGUAUCAGGAUGAUUACUACAACAACAACAACAAUCAGGGCUAUUACGACGGCGACUACAAUCAAGGAUAUGCACAGGGUGGUCGUCAUCAAUCAGAGGAAGAAUCCGAAACAUUCAGCGAUUUCACGAUGAGGUCUGACAUGGCUCGCGCUGCCGAAAUGGACUACUACGGCCGUGGCGAUGAGCAAUAUGCUGGAUACGGAGAGGGUGGCCGUGGUUAUCGCCCACCGUCUUCGCAGAUGUCGUACGGUGGCAACAGGUCUUCUGGCGCCUCGACCCCCAACUACGGCAUGGAGUAUGGCAACGGUUUGCCAAGCCAACGUUCCAAGGAACCAUACCCCGCUUGGACAUCUGACGCCCAAAUUCCCCUUUCCAAGGAAGAGAUCGAAGAUAUCUUUCUCGACCUCACGUCCAAAUUUGGAUUUCAACGAGACAGCAUGCGCAACAUGUAUGACCAUCUCAUGACACUUCUGGACUCAAGAGCGUCCCGCAUGACACCCAACCAGGCGCUCUUGUCCCUUCAUGCUGACUAUAUUGGGGGUGACAAUGCCAAUUAUCGCAAAUGGUACUUUGCGGCCCACCUCGACCUGGACGACGCCGUCGGCUUUGCCAAUGCCUCUACGAAGAACAGAAAACGCAAGGCCAAGAAGAGCAAAAAGAAGGGUGCUGAUGCUGCGAACGAGACAGAGACUCUACAAGAACUCGAAGGCGAUGAUAGUCUUGAAGCCGCGGAGUAUCGCUGGAAGACACGCAUGAAUCGUAUGUCGCAGUACGAUCGCGUUCGCCAGAUCGCACUCUACUUGUUGUGCUGGGGCGAAGCUAACCAGGUUCGAUUCAUGCCUGAAUGUCUUUGCUUCAUAUUCAAGUGCGCGGACGAUUAUCUGAAUUCACCGACCUGUCAGGCUCUUGUGGAGCCAGUCGAGGAGUUCACCUUCUUGAAUAACGUUAUUACACCACUGUAUCAGUACUGUCGUGAUCAGGGAUACGAGAUACUCAAUGGCGUUUACGUUCGCCGCGAACGUGAUCACAAGCACAUCAUUGGCUACGAUGAUUGCAACCAACUUUUCUGGUACCCCGAAGGCAUUGAACGUAUCGUACUCGAGGACAAGAGCAAAUUGGUUGACUUGCCUCCUGCGGAACGCUACCUCAAGUUGAAGGAGGUCAAUUGGAAGAAGUGCUUUUUCAAAACCUACAAGGAAUCGCGCUCGUGGUUUCAUUUGUUGCUCAAUUUCAACCGUAUCUGGGUUAUUCAUCUAACCAUGUUCUGGUUCUACACUUCACACAAUGCACCAUCGCUCAUUACCUACAAGUACGAGCAGCAGAAGGACAAUCAACCUCCUGCGUCAAAGCAGUUCUCGAUUGUUGGGUUUGGUGGAGCUAUCGCCUCGCUCAUCCAGAUUUUUGCGACGUUGGCAGAGUGGGUGUAUGUUCCGCGUCGUUGGGCCGGAGCGCAGCAUCUUACCAAGCGGCUCCUCUUCUUGAUCGUCAUACUCGUCCUCAAUGUUGCCCCAGGUAUCAAAGUCUUCAUGUUCCAUGCCAACGGCAAGGCAGAUGACCCGGAGAAAAGAAACUCCGACACACCUAUCGACAAGGCUCUUGGUAUUGUGCACUUCGUCAUCGCUAUCUUUACGUUUCUGUUCUUCUCGGUAAUGCCUCUUGGCGGUCUCUUUGGAAGCUAUUUGACCAAGAAAUCCCGGCGGUACGUUGCUAGUCAGACCUUCACAGCCAGCUAUCCUCGUCUGACUGGCAACGACAUGGCUAUGUCGUUUGGUUUGUGGCUCACUGUCUUCGGUGCCAAAUUUGGCGAGUCCUAUGUGUAUCUCACACUCUCAUUCCGUGAUCCGAUCCGCUACUUGUCGAUCAUGAAAAUCGAGUGCUUGGGCGAUAAGAUGUUCGGGUCGAGCACUGAAACGCAGCAGAUUCUUUGCAAGCAUCAACCUACAAUUGUUCUUAUUCUCAUGACCUUCACUGAUCUGAUUUUCUUCUUCCUCGACACCUAUCUCUUCUACGUCAUCUUGAACACUGUGUUCUCCAUCGCUCGCUCUUUCUACAUCGGCUCAUCGAUCUGGACACCAUGGCGAAAUAUCUUUUCGAGGCUCCCGAAACGUAUCUAUUCCAAGGUGCUUGCAACGACUGACAUGGAGAUCAAAUACAAACCCAAGGUUCUGAUCUCCCAGGUCUGGAACGCCAUUGUCAUUUCGAUGUAUCGUGAGCAUCUUCUUGCAAUUGAUCAUGUGCAAAAGUUGCUAUACCACCAAGUCCCCUCUGAGCAGGAGGGCAAGCGGACCCUUCGCGCCCCGACCUUCUUUGUCUCUCAGGAGGAUCACUCUUUCAAGACCGAAUUCUUUCCCAGCCACAGCGAAGCUGAACGUCGUAUAUCAUUCUUCGCCCAAUCUUUGUCCACACCGAUUCCCGAGCCCGUCCCAGUUGAUAAUAUGCCCACGUUCACUGUCAUGAUUCCCCAUUACAGUGAAAAGAUCCUUCUUUCCCUGCGCGAAAUUAUCCGGGAAGAUGAGCCCUACUCCCGUGUCACGCUUUUGGAAUACCUCAAACAGCUGCAUCCGCACGAAUGGGAAUGCUUCGUCAAGGACACGAAGAUUCUGGCGGAUGAAACGGCUCAGAUGAAUGGCGAACCAGAGAAGAGCGAAAAGGACACAGCAAAGAGCAAAAUUGACGAUUUGCCUUUUUACUGCAUUGGCUUCAAGUCCUCUGCCCCAGAGUAUACCCUUCGCACACGCAUCUGGGCAUCCUUACGUUCCCAGACUCUGUACCGCACCGUAUCUGGUUUUAUGAACUACAGUCGCGCCAUCAAGCUCCUCUAUCGUGUCGAAAACCCCGAAGUUGUUCAAAUGUUCGGUGGAAACUCGGAAAAAUUGGAGAGAGAGCUAGAGCGGAUGGCCCGCCGCAAGUUCAAGCUUGUCGUUUCUAUGCAACGCUACUCUAAAUUCAAAAAAGAAGAAAUGGAAAACGCCGAAUUUCUACUUCGUGCCUACCCAGAUCUUCAGAUUGCUUACUUGGAUGAAGAGCCCCCCCUGGCUGAGGGCGAAGAGCCUCGCCUGUACUCAGCGUUGAUUGACGGUCAUUCGGAAAUCAUGGAGAAUGGUAUGAGGCGCCCGAAGUUCCGCGUCCAGCUCUCUGGUAACCCUGUGUUGGGUGAUGGUAAAUCUGACAACCAAAACCACGCGAUUAUCUUCUACCGUGGUGAAUAUAUCCAACUUAUUGACGCCAACCAAGACAAUUAUCUGGAAGAAUGCUUGAAGAUUCGAAGUGUUCUCGCAGAGUUUGAGGAGAUGAAGCCAGAUAACCAAUCUCCCUACACGCCCGGUGUGAAGAACGACGUUCACACACCUGUUGCUAUUCUUGGUGCGCGUGAAUACAUCUUUUCCGAGAACAUCGGUAUUCUCGGUGACGUCGCUGCUGGAAAGGAACAGACGUUCGGUACCCUCUUCGCCCGUACCAUGGCCCAAAUUGGUGGUAAACUUCACUACGGUCACCCUGAUUUCCUCAAUGGUAUUUUCAUGACAACACGUGGUGGUGUAUCGAAGGCCCAGAAGGGGCUGCAUCUGAACGAAGAUAUUUUUGCGGGUAUGAAUGCACUUGUCCGUGGUGGACGCAUUAAGCACUGUGAAUACUACCAGUGUGGCAAGGGUCGCGAUCUUGGAUUCGGUUCUAUUCUCAACUUCACAACGAAGAUUGGUACUGGUAUGGGAGAGCAGUGGCUCUCUCGAGAAUACUAUUACCUCGGCACUCAGCUUCCUCUCGACAGGUUUCUGUCCUUUUACUACGCACACGCAGGCUUCCACGUCAACAACAUGUUCAUUAUGCUGUCUGUUCAGUCAUUCAUGCUCACGCUGAUGUCAAUCGGGGCUCUUCGACAUGAAACGAUCCGCUGCGACUACAACCCGCAGAAACCGAUUACCGAUCCGCUGUAUCCCACGAAAUGUGCCAACACAGAUGAGUUGAUGGGCUGGAUCUAUCGUUGCAUCAUUUCCAUCUUCUUCGUUUUCUUCAUCUCCUUUGUGCCGCUCAUUGUUCAAGAGUUGACAGAGCGAGGUGUAUGGCGUGCUGCCCUGCGUUUUAUCAAGCAGUUCUGCUCCCUGUCACCGUUCUUCGAAGUGUUUGUCUGUCAAAUCUAUGCCAACUCAGUCCAAGCGGAUCUGGCAUUUGGCGGUGCUCGAUACAUUGGCACUGGUCGCGGCUUCGCAACAGCCCGCAUUCCCUUUGGCGUUUUGUAUUCGCGUUUUGCUGGACAGUCGAUCUACUUUGGUGCCAGGUUGCUGAUGAUGCUUCUAUUUGCUACUGCCACUGCAUGGCAACCUGCUCUCACCUACUUCUGGAUUGUUCUGCUCGGGCUCAUCAUCUCACCAUUCCUGUACAACCCUCAUCAAUUUGCCUGGACUGAUUUCUUCAUCGAUUAUCGCGACUUUCUUCGAUGGCUGUCGCGUGGCAACUCACGCUCACACGCUUCCUCCUGGAUCACAUUCUGCAGACUUUCCCGCACCCGUAUCACUGGCUACAAGCGCAAAGUUAUGGGCGAUGCCUCGGCGAAGAUGUCGGCCGAUGUCCCUCGUGCUGCUGUGGCCAACAUAUUCUUGACUGAGAUCCUCACGCCGCUACUGCUUGCUGCUACCACAACUGUCGCCUACCUAUUCAUCAAUGCGCAGACUGGUGUUACAGAUAAUGACACCAAUUCAGGCGUAUCGCCUAGAUUUCCAAUCGGGCCUACUGGCUCAUUGAUUCGGUUGGCAAUCGUGGCUUUCGCCCCCAUAGGCAUCAACGCCGGCGUUCUUGCCGCCAUGUUUGGUAUGGCUUGUUGUAUGGGACCAGUAUUGAACAUGUGUUGCAAAAAGUUCGGUCCUGUUCUUGCUGGUAUCGCCCACGGUGCGGCUGCAGUCUUCAUGAUUCUUUUUUUUGAAGUCAUGUAUGUUCUAGAAGGCUUCAACUUUGCCAGGGCACUUGCUGGCAUUAUCGCGGCCACCUGUAUCCAGCGAUUUGUUUUCAAACUGAUUGUGUCACUUGCAUUGACCAGGGAAUUCAAAACGGACCAGUCCAACGUCGCUUUUUGGAACGGAAAAUGGUACUCAAUGGGUUGGCACUCAGUAUCACAACCAGCUCGAGAGUUUCUUUGCAAAAUUACGGAACUCAGCAUGUUCUCUGCUGAUUUCAUUCUGGGACAUUGGAUCCUUUUCAUGAUGGCUCCACUUGUCUUAACUCCUCAAAUCGAUAAGAUACACUCCAUGAUGCUCUUCUGGUUGCUGCCUAGUCGUCAGAUUCGUCCGCCCAUCUACUCCAUGAAGCAGUCAAAGCUCCGCCGCAGGCGUGUAAUUCGAUUUGCCAUUCUUUACUUUAUUCUCUUCGUCAUCUUUCUGGCACUCGUUGUUGCCCCUGGUGUAAUCGGCAAGAAAGUACUCGGUGAUAUGAUUUUCAAUGCCCUAGGCGGCGGUGGCUCAAACGGCAUCGGCGGCAUGCGCCUCCUGCAGCCAUGGGGACUGGACAACAACAAUACUGAAGGAAGGACUGAAACUGGCACAAAGGCCGGUGGUGGUGAUGCGGCUGCGACAUCUACGGACGAAGCCUCGAAGCUGCGCUUAUUUUAA